CGUCAGAGUACCAUAGCAUUUCAGCAUUAUAUUAUUAUUGGAACCUCAUCGUUACGAAUUCCCCAUCUUUAGCAUGGAAGUUGACCACGCCUCAGUACGUCCACCACGCUCGUCAUUGCUUGAGCUACCGAUUGAACUUGUUCAACGCAUUGUAACAUUUCUUCCGCCAAGCUCAGCAGCCUCCUUCACGCUUUCAUGCCCCGGCUCGCUGAAUGUGCUGGGCAACGACUCGUGGUGCGCUCUGAUGCACGAUGCAUCCGAGUGUGCUGAGCUGCUCUCCAUCUUGAACUGCACUUGUCUCGAGAACCUGGAGCCAACUAACUCAACUCACGAACCUGGUCCGACUGAGCACCCCGAACCUGUCGUCUGCACACCACUGUAUUCGCGAUUUGGUUAUGUAGUCGAGUGGCUCCACGUCGUCGUCAGAUACGUGUUGGACAGACAUGCCGACCGCGAGAUUGGAGACAUCUUGCUGGACGAGUACACAGAUGUCAUCUACCGCAACCUCAGAUUCAGAGACCCUGACUCCAACACCGAAACCGAGAAGUGCGUGCUGGUGGCCAUAGCACCACGCAUCGUAGCCGGUUAUCUUCUAUUGCGAUGCACUUACACCGUUCUCUUCCCUCCCGAAGAUGGGAACGUGCACUUCAGCUCACUCCUCAACUCCGAUCUCGAUAUAUGCAAGCAUGUUUCCGCUACCCGGCGGAGAGAACCGUGGUAUGACAUGGGAUUCGUAGAUCGACUCAUCUUAAGACGCGAUUAUCGGAAGCACUAUGGCAGUUCGGCAUAUGAGAGCGACUUGGAGUCUGAUAUUGACAUCGAAGAUUUGGAUGACCCUCCGCCCCGGACAAACAUAUCACUCCAUCAGUGCUCCUUUUGCUGCACCGAGUAUGAAGCGAGGAUUGAGCGGGGCGAGGAUGAGGCUUCCACUUCCAUCAUCGUGACCAGCUGGCACAAUCUUGGAGAGAUUACCUUGCUGAGCGGCUGCGGGUUCAGCCCACUAUGGAAAACCUUUCUCGGGGUAGGCAAACCUCAUGACGUGCGCGUUCUCUCCUAUCCGCUAGGCAGUGUGAGGAAUGUGUUCGAGGUUUGGGAUGGUUCACAGCUCGGUGAUGUUCGGAGGAAGCCCAACUGACGAGGCAACGGAGAUGAAUCGGACCAUCACAUAAGGUUGGGUAAAGCUGGAGGAUUAGUACAGUUGCCGUGGGGACACUAGACAAGGUAGGUAUACCUUUCAGGAUAGAGUGGUAUCACUAUAUGGCUUUCAUAGAACGAGGGAGGGACCGAGUCAUGCGAAGGACUUGUAUUGCUUGUGUACAUACAUACUGAAGUUGCAUGGUACAUCUCUGUGCCGUCAUUCGGAAAG